ACAUCUAUUUCUAAUAUUUUAUUGAUGAGAAUAUUUUGGCUGAGGUGGAUAGUCUCAAAAGCCUUGAAUUUAGUCCCUUUUAUAUAGUAGGAUUUAGAUAUACUAGCGAAUCUUGUUUCAUUUCUUCUAGUAAUCAUAAAGUUUACAAAUCUCUCCAGAUUCAUAAAUAACCAUUGAUAAUACAUUUUCAAGGCAUAAAUAUUUUUUACUAUACAAACAGAAAUUGGAACCAUGACUCGGCCAUGACAUGAGACAGUCCAAGUAGAAAGAACCGACAAAAUAUUUAGUUUAAUCGUAUAAUUAUAUGAAAUGUUAAUUAGAGAAACUUUAAAAUGAAGUAUAGGUUCCAAAAAACCAAAAAACUUUCAAAUGCACAGACGUUAUAUACUAUAUUAGUGAAUAUUGAAUAAUAAUGCAACAGAUGAUAAAGUAAUGACGGUUACAAAUUAGAAUGGACUAAAUAGUUUAUUAGCGAAAAAACAAACAUACAUGUAAUUUAGUGGUUUCUGUCAUUACUCAAAUUCAAAUCUACAUAUUGGAUGAAAAAUAAACAUAUGUAGACCAGUUGAAAUGCUAAAAUAGUGUUGUGGUAAACAUACUAACCUAAUUAUAUAUUAAGCGGUUUAAUGUAAAUAGGAAAUUAUAGUUUUUUUUACAACAAAUAGGAAACCAUAGUUAGUCACCUCACAUCUGAUCAAAAUAUAUUGCAGUUCUCUCCAGGUGCAGUAUACUUAUGUCAUAAACUGCACAUUAGCUCACUGUGGAGUUAGCUGUUAGUCAAAUCCAAAGUCAUAAUGCACAGAAUCUAAUAUUCCCUCCGUUUUUUAUUAUAAGUCGUUUUAGAGAAACUUUUUUGUUCCAAAUUAUAUGUCGUUUUCGGUUUUCUAUGUAAAAUUUAUUAAUAAUUAAUGUUGUAUGACCAAUGGUAAUAUAUCUUAUAUUUUUCUAUUGAUUGAAUUGUGGUUAGGUAAAUAGUUAAUGAUGUUUUUGUUUAGAAAAUAUAAAAAAUUAAUGGUUUUCUUAAUCUACGUGUAUAACUGUAAAACGACUUAUAUUAAAAAACGAAGGGAGUACAUUUGUAACACAAUUGCUGAAACAAAUGACACAUUGAUUGAAUCUUUAAUUUUACAAUAUCUUAAUAAUAUAGGCUUCUCUUUUAUCUUUAAGUUACUAUACUACUUAUGAAAUAUUUAAAUGAGAUUAUAAAAGGAAGUGAUAUUUCCAAGGCAGUGAGACAUAAACACUGCAGGUUUAUCUCUUCAUUUGCAUCUUGCAGUGCUUGGUUUUCUGACUUACAUAAUUUUAUAAUCAGAUAAAGAUACCGUUAUAAAAUCAAGUAUUAUAUAAAAACCAAAAUUUGAUUAAAAAAACCAAACUUUUUACUUUUAAAUUUUGUUUUCCCUCAACUGUCUUGUCUCAUACCCUAAUAAAAAAAAAUUUCUUCUUUCUCUAGCAACUGCCUACAAAGAACAAAGAGAAGAAAAAACUUUUUGGGGUCACAAGCCAAGCACAUAAGACUUUUGUUGUGGUUGUCUUUGCUUAUUAAGCCAGGCUCUCCAAGACACAAAGAAGUGGAAAAAACUAUCCCAAAAGCAACCAACACAUUUCUCUCUCUCUCUUUCUCUGUCUCUCUCUUCCAUGGACUUGCAACUGAAGCAAUGGAGAAGUCAGCAGCAGAAUGAGUCAGAAGAACAAAGCUCUGCAACUAAGAUAUCAAACUUUUUCUUAGAUCAGAUUCGAUCCCAAACUGCAAGUUCUGCUGCUGCUGCUCUACCUCUCUUUGUCCCUGAACCCACCUCAUCUACCUCAGUCUCAUGUUUCUCUCCUAACACGUCCUCUUCCAGGUUUCUCAAGAUGGGAAACUUCUUUAGCUUGGCACAGUGGCAAGAACUUGAGCUACAAGCACUGAUCUACAGAUACAUGUUGGCUGGUGCUUCUGUUCCUCAAGAGCUUCUCUUACCCAUCAAGAAAAGUCUAUUCCAAUCUCCUUUGAACUUCCUUCACCAUCCUCAGCAACAGAACUUCCCUCAUCACCAACCUUGGUAUUGGGGAAGAGGAGCAAUGGAUCCUGAGCCAGGGAGGUGCAAGAGAACAGACGGGAAGAAAUGGAGAUGUUCUAGAGAUGUAGUAGGCGGUCACAAGUAUUGCGACCGCCACAUCCACCGUGGUCGAAACCGUUCAAGAAAGCCUGUGGAAACCGCCAAACCCGCCACCACAACCGCCGCAUCUUCCUUUGUCUUAGGCGAGGAUCUUGGUCAUGGACCAAACAAUAUCUUCUUCUCAUCUGACUCUUCACAUUCUUCAACUAAACAUCUCCACCUUACUAGUCAUCAAAGUUGUUCUUCAGGGAUGAAACAAGAAAGUAACAAAAAGAGGCCAUAUGAAGCUCACAGUGGACUCAGAUCAGAUGAUGGUAACACCCUGAGGCCUUUCUUUGACGACUGGCCACGAUCAUCUGAUUCUACCUCAAGUCCAAUGAGCUCAUCCAAUUGUCAUCUGUCCAUCUCCAUGCCCGGUAACACUUCAUCAGACGUCUCUCUAAAACUUUCCACAGGCGAUAAAGUAGAAGAAGCCAACAACAAUGAGAGGGAGCAGCAACAAAACAUGAAUUGGUGGAGCAGUGGAGGGAAUCACCACAACAUGGGUGGACCAUUGGCUGAAGCCUUGAGGUCAGCCUCUUCAACGUCAAGUGUUCUUCAUCAGAUGGGAAUCUCAGCUCAAGUCUUUCAUUGAAGAAAAUGUUACAAAGCCCAAAUCAAGUCCUCUUCUAAGCUUUUCUUUGAGACUGCAACUUUCUGCAGAUGUCUUUCUCUGUGUUUCAGUGAUGUUGUGAGUCCCUCUGCAGAAAUAUUUGUAAUAAUGUUUGGGACAUGUGUAAGCAAUGGAACUUUAUUUUUUAUAAU